CUUUUUGCAAAAUCCUUCGUAAUCUGCCCACUGGACAGCUCCUUCCAGCUUCAGGCCGCUUGUCUUACUCUGUCCUCAAGGUUCCUCCAAUUGUACUUCUCCAAAGACGUCCGCGAGACACACCUUCUGCGCAGGUUGUAGCUGAGUCACGCGCAUGUUUUUUGCAAGUACUGCGCCUACUAGCUACUAGACCUAGUUCUCCAUCUCAUCUCCCUUGGCAAACUGAAGACUGGAUGACAUCUUGACCUCUUUCAUCUCAAAAACUGACCCAAACCUUCAUCCAUUUGCGCGCAAAUACACAAAGAAAGCACGCGAAGCCACACAUUUUGAGUUGCACACGAUGACGGGUCUCAGGAUAGGCUGGGGCAGCGUCUUGCUGGUCCUAGCUCUGGUCCUGGUUGUCCUCCCGGACAAGGCCGCAGCCUUCGGUGCUGGCAACAUUCCCUCCAUCGCCCAGGUCGAGGGCCACAACUGGAGACAUGGCGAUAUCGAAGACGUUCUCAAGACUCUGGCCUUCAUUAACGGCAAAAAGUGGACCACUAUGAUGGUCGGGCGCACCUACUUUGGUAACUGGCUCCGAGACUACUCCCAGGCUAUCGAUGUCGGCAGCUUGAAGGGAGUUAAUGCGGCUACCAUUCGCAUCAUUGUAUGGGUUCUUUCUUUCCUGGCUCAUGGAUACGCUACCGAAGAGUUCGAGGUUACCGAGGAGCGCCUGGGCGUUUACAGACCCGAGGAACAUAUCGACAACCCUCUUGGCUAUGCUGACGGAAAGGAUGCCCGCGAGUUUGACCCAAGACUACGGGGCCCGGUACAUCCCGGAGAACUCGAGAUCGAUUUAUAUUCCGGAAUGAAAAACUAUAUCGCCAACGAAAGAUUGGCCUAUCAACAAGGCUGGAACACCACAAGUGCCGGCUAUAUUCGUUUCAGCUUGGAGCGUUGCAUCCAUUUCGGUCGUCUGUAUACCAGUGGCUCUCGUGGCAGAGGCAAGGAGUCCGACCUGUGCGAGGCCUUGAGGUGCUUGGGACAGGCCCUUCAUACCCUGGAGGACUUUCCUGCCCACAGUAACUACUGCGAGUUGGUCCUAAUCGAUAUGGAAGAAAGGCGGGGCGGGCAUAGUCCAGUCUUUCCCCACGUUGGCACAGAUACUCGAAUCACACUCAGGAAUGACACACGUAACAAUGGAAAGUCGGUUUGGCCUCUAGUCACCGGUACAUUUGGAGGGGUCGACUUCUUGCACUCCGUGUUGGGUGAGGCCAACGAUCACUUCACCCAAUCCGAGGUUGACGAAAUGAACGAUGCCCUCCUGACCGCUGAACAACUGACCAAGGGGUCCGGUGGCGGUUCUUCACGCGAUCGCGGUCUCAGCCUCUUUGGUUUGAACUUAGGCGGUUCCUCUAGCAACGAUGGAGACUUUAUCUCUCUCGUUUCCAAGCUUCCGGGUGUCGGUGACGGCUAUGCCAGCACAGCCCGUAGCCUGAAGGCUGCCUCUGAAGCUCAAGAACAGGAGAACAGCAGAUCUGCUGGCAACGUCAAUGUUGUUCCUGGCAUGAGCCCCAACUUUGACCCCGUCAAGACUGCCGCCAAGAUCUACCCAAUCCUCGAGUUUCGUGACAAGAUUGUCAGGUCCAUCAACAACAUGAUUGAAAAGAUUCCCGGUUUGGAGAGUCUGCUGGAGAAGAUCAGCGAGACUUUGACGGCUUUCAUUCUUGGCUUGCUGGCUCCUUUCCUGCGCCCCAUUAUCAACCAGGUCACUCAAGUGUUGAAGGAGGGCUCGUCUGGUCUCAUCGCGACCAGCGCAAAGCAGCAGCUCGAGCCGUGGAAUAACCCUCAGUGCGACAACCCCACCCACUCUAUGCUUUCCAAGGACCACUUUACCAACAUCUUAAACUCGUGCGCCGGUCGCGUCGCCGCCAACAUUGUUCAAUACGUUGUUCCCCGGGUUGUUUACGCCUGGGAAAAUCCCGGUGUACCCGACAGCGAGGUCAUUGCCGACGUCCUCCAGGUUUUCCACCAUCCUGCCAACUACAAGGAGGAGGUCGAGAUUCAGCGCACAAUGUACGAGACCGUUGUGCAGUGGUCCCGGGAGACUCAUCAUGACUACAAGACGCUUCUCGCGUCCGAGUCCGUCAAGGAAGGCCACAACCAUGUCCUGAACGGUCAACCUAUGGACCGUGGCCCCGGUGGUGGCCACACCUCAUGCGGCGCUGAUGGUGGCCACGGCAAAGUUGCGGGCUCCCUCUGGAGCAAGAUCCAAUCCCGUGAUCUGGACACUUCUGCCCCUAGCGGCGGCGUAGGUGGCGGUAGGCCGUCUUCCUCCACCGGCCACAAGUAUGGCUACUCCGCCUCCUCUUCUCACCACGAGGUUCCCACGCACGGCGAGGCAGCCUCUUACUUCUCCUCCGCCGACCCACGCCAUGCCUCUCCGCCAACAGAUCGCUACUACGGCAGCCGCCCCUCUUCCUCUGGGUAUGGAUCCUCCGUUCAUGGUUCCGGCCGCCCCUCACCCGCCCCUGCGUCCUUUGGGUACCACCACGGCGGUCAUCAAGCUUAUGAGGGCAGCAGCAGCAGCUAUCCUUCGCAGCCGUCAUAUGGUGGCUCUUCCGGCCCAUCAUACGGUGGCUCUUCUGGACCAUCGUACGGCGGGUUCUCUCAACCCAGCUAUGGUUCCCAACCGUCUUACUCAUCUCAACCCUCCUAUGGCGCGCCCCCCUCCCAGCCACCCUACGGCUCUCAACCACACUACGGCGGCCCCCCUCAUAGCUCCUACAGUGGUGGGCGUCCCCCAUCUCCUCCUCGCCCCUCCGGCUACGGCGGCGGGUACGCUGGUUACUCUGCUGGUCCCCCUCCCAGCCACGGUGGCUAUGGCGGAAGUCCACACGGCGGCGCUCCCUACCCCCAUGGCGGUGCAGUAGGCGGUGGUGGCUCGGCUCCUUAUCCCCACGGUGGAAGGGCUGAUGCGUACGAGAGGAAUUAUGAUCAGCAUUAUGAGAGGGAUGAGAGACGUGGCGGUAGGGAUGGCAGGAGGAGGAGAGGAAGCCAUGGAAGCAGGAGUAGCAGCGAGGAGCGAGACGGAAGAGGUUACCCUGGGCAAGGGUCUAGGGGAAGUGGUCAUCAUGGCGGUGGAGGAGGGUACGGAGGGGGAUAUGGUGGUGGAUAUGGAGGUGGAUAUGGAGGUGGAUAUGGAGGUGGUGGAGGAUAUGGCGGAAGUUAUGGCGGUAGGGACGAGCAUCGGAGGUAUUGAGCUUGGUGAAGUAAUGAUUUGAAAGCGGAGAUGGAAGACGGAAUGAUCUUGGAUAAUGAACGAAUGGUUACGGUUUCUACGAGUAUAUCCUAGGUUCACGGUGAGGAUGGUGUUCUUUGAAUGAUCCCUUUCUGGUAUGAUACCAUUCACUUUAGUUCAACAGUUCAUCAUUGCAGACUUAUAAAGUAUGAUUAAGC